ACAACUCUUUCCAAUCGUGCUUUAGUGAAACUUCUCAUCCCAAGUACAAUUUUCGACACACAGACUUGUAAUAGUGCGUGGAUAGCGUGGACCGGCUAUCAAAUAUGGCGAAGCGAAAGCGAAACAGCGCACACACGAAUGCAGUGAAGAAGCCGACUACAACAGGGAUCCCAAGUCCGCCAAAUGAUACGCCUGCUUUUGAGCCAGUGAGCGUGCACUCAUUGAUCUCGACCGAGGAGAUUGAAGUCACCGUGGAAACACUCCAGACGUUGUCCGAGCAUCCCGCCCUCAUCAAGUCAAAAGCAUGCAAAGAUCUGAGGACAGCGGUAUAUACCUUUCGUCAGGCAUGCACAACGGGACUGAACUCAGCCGCGGAGGGCAGCAAUCUUACUGCGCGCAUAUCGGGAGCACUCACAGAUGCCAAGUACAUGGAUGCACUCAUCUUAUUGGCAGAGAUGCGAAUUAGAAAGGAUACGCCAACAUUAGGUGCUCUCUGUCGAUGGGUCCGCACUCUUGAUGUCGUCUCUGGGCUGUCAAUCCACGUCCAAGUGCCUAGCCAGACUGUUGUGGGACGUAGUUCCCACAACAAUGAGCUGAUUCGAGUACUGGACGCCAUUCUUAGAGUGACCGGUCCAACCGACACCACUUCUCACGGGACAGACUCCAUUUCAGGCCCGGUCGCGCUGCAAGAGACUUGGAACCUGCGAGGCGGAAGUGAGCCGACGCGGCAAUUGCGUCGCACCAUCGAAGAUAAGACCAUCUUCGCAUCUUGCUCUGCCGACCUCAAGGAACGCUUCAGAAUAAUCGAGACUACCGCUGGUUUACAGCGAAAGCCACCGAAUCUCCACCCUGCCAUCUUAUACGCCUCUCAAGAUGACACGGUGCUUCUUGGCGAAGGACCCAAAACAGAGUGCUACAAACACCCCAUAGUACCAGAUCUGCGAUUGAUAAAGGACGUCCUGUCGCCUGAGGAGUGCUCUUCCAUUAUAGCAGCCGGAGAGACGAUUGGCUUCAUUCCUGACGCGCCAAUGCGGCCGCAAGGUGAAGACACUAGUAUAUUAGCGCACAACUUCUACUGGAUAGUCGAUCAAGCUUUCCACGACAAGCUUUGGAACCGGGUGAAGGCAUUUGUUCCGGAAGCCGUGGCAGGAAAACAGGUUCGAGGCAUCAAUCGGCGGUUCAGAGUGUACCGAUACGUCCCCGGCGCCGAGUAUCGAUGUCACAUCGAUGGAGCAUGGCCGCCCUCCGGCAUCGAUCCCACAACAGACGCUUAUCAAUACGACUCCUCGCCUUCCCACGCUCGCCAGUCUUCCCUCUUCACCUUCCUCAUCUACCUCAAUGACGACUUCCGGGGCGGCGAGACGACCUUCUUCAUCCCAAGCGUGAAGGAAGGCGUCAUCAAUGCGUAUCCCGUCAAGCCGAUCAUGGGUAGCGUUGCUGUAUUUCCGCAUGGCGAGGCACAAGGGGCGCUGUUACAUGAGGGCACGGGUGUUGUUGAGGGUGCAAAGUAUGUCAUUAGGACGGAUGUCGAAUAUGACGUUAACCCUACUGUAUAACUCAAGCAAAAAAAAAGCCUUGAAGUAGACAAUCAAUUCAAGAAAUCGCUACCACCGCAUGAGGUGUACUCUUGUCUUCCAGACGAAAAGUAAAAAUCUAUCGUAAGACGUGUAUACAGGCUUGCUACUGCAAUACACAUUAAACUGCCACCAUCAGAGAAUAUAUUUUUUCAGCCGGCC